AUGCCGCAAACAAGCCCACCCAGCAUUCUCGUCAUCGGCGCGGGCAUCACUGGCCUUAGCACCGCAACUCUCCUCCAAAAGCACCUCUCAACUGCAAACAUCACCAUCGUCGCCGCCGAAACACCCAAUACACCAUCCCCAUCAGUAGACUACGCUUCCAUGUGGGCAGGUGCCCACUACCGCCCAAUCCAUCCACUCUCCACGGAACAACUCAAAGAGGAAUUUAGGAUGGGGGUUCGUACGGCGGAGGUCAUGAAAGGUAUCGCCCGAGAAUUUCCAGAUUCGGGAGUAGAAUUCAUGCCUGGGGUCGAGUACCUUGAGAAUCCGCCCGAGGAGAUUUUCAAAAUCAGGAAUGGGGACGUGUAUGCUGGUGCAAAUGAUGAGUUCCGCAUCCUGUCGCAGGAUGCGUUGCCUCAAGGUGCAAAAUGGGGAUGUGAAUACCAAAGUUAUUGCGUCAAUAUUUCGAUAUAUUGUCGCUGGUUGAUGGGCCGAUUUCUGGCGAACGGGGGACGAAUUCUUCAACACCGCCUCUCUAACGCAGUUGACGCGUUCACCCUGGCGGACGGCGAUCGAACUGGAGACGUCCCAGUGGUAGUGAACUGCUCUGGAAGAAAUUUCGAUCGUGAUCCCAAAAUGAAGAUCAUCCGUGGGCAGACAGUGCUGGUCAGACAGCAAUACACCAAGACAAUCACUCGACAGAACGCGGAUGGGAGUUGGGCAUUCUUGAUACCACGGCCUCGACGUGGCGGGACGAUUGUAGGCGGAACCAAGGAGGUCGAUGAUUGGGAGGCAACCGCACGGCCGGAGACCAGGGCAAAACUGCUUCAACAGUGUGUUGAGACGUUUCCUGACUUCGUCGACUCGGUGGAGAAAUUUGAGGUGGUGCAAGAUAAUGUUGGUCGAAGGCCGUGGCGAGAAGGUGGCUAUCGGAUCGAAAUCGAGUCCGUUGGACCCGGGAGAACUCUUGUCCACGGGUACGGCGCUGGUGGUCGAGGCUAUGAGCUGAGCUGGGGUGCCGCUGAGAGAAUACUUGAGCUGGUCAAGGAGUCUCUUGCUGCAAGGGCCAGGCUAUGA